AUGCCCUAUCCUUGGCCAUAUUGCCGGCCUCCCGGCCAUCGCCGUGUUGUCUGGGCGCAUGUGGCCGUUCUGGCAGCAACCUUGCUGCGCUUCAAUGCGUCCAAUGCCUUUGCCCCUUCUCCUUCACACCCUGGCCGACUGGAGCGACUAAGACCGGCGGCGGUGCCGGCAGUAGUCGAGGAACCCAUCAGCGAUCCGUUUGUGUCCGGCAAACCAGGUCGAGCUGGAGGAGGAGGCGAUGGUGGCCCCACACCACAGGAGCAAGCCCAGGUCAUCGUGUAUCGGGCUGCUUUGGCCACCACGGCGCUGUGCUGGUGUCUGACCUACACUUUGGAUUUUUUCAUGACGAGUGGCAUAUCGGUGAUCGAUGGUUCGAUUCAGGCAGCUGCAUUGGCCGUGGCUGACGUGAGUGGAAGCAUUGCCGCCAUAGCCGCGCCCACUGGCUCGAGGCUGGUGGCGGGUGUCCUUUUGCGGCUUCUUGGCAGCAUAACUCUCGCUCUGGCUGUGCUGGGGCUGUCCGCGCCGGGGAUGGUGGGCGCCGUCGCCGGUCCCUGCUGCCUGGUCUUGGUUUGCGCCCGUGAGAUCUUCUGGUUCGGCUGGUCUUACAAGGUGGAUGCGAUCUUUAGCCUGAUCCUGUUCGCGGGCGUGGCCGGCCUCCGUUUUGCGGCUUCAUCGGUGUCCACAAGUGAGGCCUUGGCCCCAGAUACGCCAGUCUUCGAGAGCUGGGAUCAGAUGCCGACUGUGCCGACCUUGUUCGAUGUGCGACCUGUUGGUCCGCCGUUGCUGGUGUCCUUCGGCUGCUACAUCAGCCUUUCGGUCCAAGCUAUUUUCACCCGGUAG